AUGUCAAAAAAUCUCAAUAACAAUUCAGUUAACAAUGCUUUUGGUAAAGAACCUUCUGUGCGAAGGCCACCAAGAAAUACCAAUGAUAUAAGAAUGAUAAUGUUGCAACACUUACAGAGAACAGUAAGCAAUCAAAGACCACUAGCAUCAAAGAGAGCUUGGUUGGAUCUUGAAGGUAGUUCAUCAGGUAGAACUCGUAACAUUCAUGAUGUGUAUGAGAAACUUGAUAUCAUGAAUGUCUUAAAUACUGUUUUGAAGAACACAUCUUCUGAGAAAGCUGAAGCCACUGCUAGUAAUGCAGUUGAGCAAGACAUGUUGCCUGAACGUCAACCAAUAUUGAAUUUAAAGAAAUUGUAUGAUCAAUACAAUAUCAAUGAAAAUAAAAACAGGGAGGGAAACAGAUCUGUUCUGAAGUCUGUGACUGAUUACCUUUGCCGUCAAGAAGAGGGAAAAAAGAUGGACUUGCCAACUUUUCGAACUAAGAUUGUGCAGCAUAUUGGCAACAGAAAGUUGCAAGAAAAAAAAACAGGAGAAAAGAAGCAGGAAGAGAAUCGAUGGGCCUGUCUUUCCAAUCAGGCACACUUUGUGAACAGCUUUAGGGAGAAUGUUGACAGUAUUCUCUAUGCUGGUUACAUGUCAGACCUUGAGAGUGAUGAUGAAAGAGAAGAAGAGAAACAGGAUUCGUCUUCAGAAAAGAGUUUUUUUUGGAGAUUCCGCCCAAGCUGGAGAAGCAAAGGGGGAGAUAGAUUUGUUGAUGAACUUGAUGUGGAUUAUGAGGCAGCUCAUGAUAAGAAAAAUAAUACCUGUUCAUUUAAGCAUAAAUUUAAAGAAAUAAGAGAUAAGCAGCUUAGCAAGACCAAGGCAAACAAGCUGCCAUCAUGGUCAAAGAAACAAUAA